AUGGCCAAGACACGCGGUGGCCAAAAGCCAUCGAUAUUAUCUCGCAUACUGGGCCGGAAGAGGAAAGCCGGCGAACCAGACAGCGAGCCGGGUGCGGAGCGCACAGUAUAUGUCAACACACCUAUGCCAGGCAGCGCCUACGACGAGCAUGGGCGGCCGACACACUACCCGCUGAACCAAAUCCGUACAGCAAAGUACACCGUGGUAUCGUUUGUGCCAAAGAACCUGUUUGAGCAGUUCCGGCGCGUUGCAAACAUGUAUUUUCUGUUUCUUUUGAUUCUGCAGUUCAUCCCCGCGGUGACCACGGGAUCACCAGGCCUGAGCGCGUUUGCGCUGUUCGUGAUUGUGGCCUUGACGAUGGCCAAGGACGGGUACGAGGACUCGAAGCGUAGCCAGAGCGACAAGGAGGCGAACCAGGCGCCGGCGUUUGUAUUGGGCAAUGCCUGGGUCAACACAAACAAACCUCCUGCAGGCUUCUUCCGUCCGCGCGGCAUUAUGCGGCUAUUGUGGAGCGAUUCGGGUGCUGACGGCUCGGUGGGUGGAGCGGUGGGUCCAUCCAACACGCUGCCUGUGGGGCCUGGUGCGUCUGGAUUCGCCAGCACGUCGUAUCGGCCAGGAAGCCACGGCGAGCGGUCUGAUGAGGACGUGGGCAUCGGCAGCAGUAGCUGGCUGCAGACCGAGUGGCGGCAUCUGCAUGUGGGCGACAUCGUGCUGCUACGCGAGGGCGAUGCGGUGCCAGUAGACUUGGUUAUUCUGAGCACCAGCGAGGAUGACGGCACAUGCUUCAUCGAGACGAAGAACUUGGACGGCGAGACCAAUCUGAAGAGCAAGCAGUCGACAGGAAACACGGCGCACCUGGUGAUGCCCCAGCAGUUUGCUGAUUUCCAGGCUCCAUGCAAGUCCUCGCUGACGGUGGGGACGAUUUUCCAAAGCCCAAAGCCUGCCGCAGGCAGCAGGGAUCCGCUUAACGUCGACAACCUGCUUCUGCGUGGGAGCGUUCUGCGCAACACUCGGUGGGCUGUCGGCGUGGCCAUCUUCACUGGCGACGACACAAAGAUCAUGAUGAAUGCUGGCGAGACACCGUCCAAGCGGAGCCGCAUUGAGCGCAUGAUGAACUACCAGGUCCUGUCGCAGUUCUGCCUGCUGUUUGUGCUGUGCCUGGUGUCGGCCAUCGUCGGCGGCAUCUACUACGGCAAGUCGCAGUCGUUCCAGCAGGCCUUCAUCGUUCGGUACCAGACAUCAACCAACCAAUCGGCGCCCUAUUUCGGCUUCCUGGACUUUUGGACCAUGCUGAUUCUAUACCAGACCGUGGUCCCUAUCUCGCUGUACGUGACCAUUGAGGUGGUCAAAUCCUUCCAGGCAUACUUCAUCAACCAGGAUAUCGACAUGUAUUAUGCCCGCACAGACCGCCGCUGCAUCCCCAAGUCGUGGAAUCUGUCAGACGACCUUGGCCAGGUUGAGUACAUUUUCAGCGACAAGACCGGCACGCUGACACAGAAUGUGAUGGAGUUCCGCCAGUGCACUAUCCGUGGCCGCAUUUAUGGCGAAAUCGUCGGCGAUGAUGAGGCUGAGCGUGCUGCUGAGCUGCGCCGCUCAAUGCAGGCCAAAAUGGCAACAUUCUUCGACAACCCGUAUCGCCACUCUGACACGACAACAUUCUUGGACACAGGCAUUUACGACGACCUGCGUGCCGACAAUAUCCAGGCACGGGCAGUCAUCGAGUUCUUCACGGUGCUGUCUCUGUGCCAUACCGUCAUCAGUGACACCCCGGACCCAGCCAACAAGGACUACAUUGAGUACAAGGCCCAGUCGCCUGACGAAGCAGCGCUGGUAUCCACGGCACGCGAUGUCGGAUUCACAUUCUUGCGGCGUGAGAAGGAUCGUCUGUUCUGCAACUUCCUGGGCCACCAGCAGACAUACACGCUGCUGGCUACGCUCGAGUUCACCAGCGCCCGCAAGCGCAUGUCUGUUGUAGUGAAGCGCGAGGACGGCCGCCUGAUGCUUCUGUCCAAGGGUGCUGACUCUGUGAUCAUGGAACGCCUGCGCAGCAACCAGGACCGCCUGGUGCAGGCUACGCUCGAUGACCUGGAGCUGUUUGCUAACCACGGGCUCCGCACGCUCUGUCUGGCAUACCGCCUGCUGGAUGUGCAAGAGUUUGAGGAGUGGAAGAGCGAGUACGAUCAGGCCAUGUCGAGCCUUGGUGACCGCGAUCAGGAAGUCGAGGAGGUGUGCGAGAAGCUUGAGCGCGAUCUGCAGCUGAUUGGCGGGACGGCCAUCGAGGAUAAGCUCCAGGACGGUGUCCCUGAGACCAUUUCGCAGCUGGCACUGGCUGGUAUCAAGCUGCCGAGGACAAGGAGUCAACGCGAGACCAGCUGGAGCGGGCGCUGCGCGAGUUUGGCGAUACGCACUUUGGAUCUGUCUUUCCGUGGUGGAGGCGGAGGCGAUGUCAUGGCUGGAGCCCAGCCCAAAGAGAGCACCAGCUCGUGGCGCGCCUUGCUGAGGCCUGUCACGGAUCACCGCAAGCACAAGAAGAAGCAUGGCAAACAGCCAUCGGCAUUCCAGCAUGCUCGCGAUGUUGCGCAGAACAAGAACCACCGCAAGGGCAUCAAGGGCAUCUGGGACGAUGUGCGGACACGCAACAUCCCCGAGGAGCGCAAGCAGGGUCUGACAGUUAAGCACGACGCCCCGCUGGGCCUAGUCAUUGAUGGUCACUCGCUCAAAUACGCCCUGGAGCCUGAUAUUUCACCACUGCUGCUCGAGCUUGCUGUGCGCUGUCAGUCUGUUGUGUGCUGCCGCGUCAGCCCGCUGCAAAAGGCCCUGGUGGUGCGCUUGGUCAAGGAAGGGCUGGGAACGCUGUGCUUGUCUAUUGGCGACGGUGCCAACGAUGUCAGCAUGAUCCAGGAGGCCGAUGUCGGCAUUGGCAUCAGUGGCGAGGAAGGGCUGCAGGCAGUAAUGGCGUCGGAUUAUGCGAUUGCACAGUUCCGGUUCCUGCAAAAGCUCCUGCUGGUGCACGGUCGCUGGUCGUACCUGCGCAUCACGUCGAUGAUCCUGAACUUUUUCUACAAGAAUGUCGUGUUCACCAUUGCGUCGUUCUGGUACCAGAUCUACUGCCAGUUUUCAGGCCAGAACUUCUUCGACUACACGCUCAUCACGCUCUACAACAUGUUCUUCACGUCUCUGCCGCCUGGCGUCCUCGGCGUGUUCGACCAGGAUCUGCCGGCGGCUAUCGGCAUGGUUGUGCCGCAGCUAUAUAAACGCGGCAUCUACAAGCUCGAGUACUCGAUGGCGCGCUUCUGGAUGUACGUGCGGAGCGCAAUGGCCUGGACACAUCGAAACAAGGACGAUGUUGGCACAGUUGGUGCCUUCUGCGUGGUGUUCACCACCAACAUGUACAUGCUGAUGAACAACCGCACCUUUACCUGGGUGAUGCCGUUGGCGCAGCUCAUCGGCGUCGGACUGCUGUUUGCUGUGUUCUUCCUCUACGGCGUGAUGUACGACACGUCGUUUAGUGCUGGUGCUGCUACACGUGUGUUUGCCCAGGCCAACAUGUGGCUCCUUCUGGUGCUGACCGUGACAGCAUGCGUUUUGCCGCAUUACAUUGCCAAGUUUGUGCGGUCAGCAUGGUACCCGACCGACACUGAUAUCAUCCGCGAGAUUGUCCAUGCUUUCCACAAGCGCACGGCGAGCCUUGUUGGCGGCGAAUCGACUCUGCCGAGCCCUACACACCACAAGGAAAUGCCGUUCGGGACCCUCCCAACACGUAGUGGAAGCACGCAGCAUAGACAUAGCCUACGUCGGCCCAGCAGUCCGGAUUCGCCUGGCAUGGCGGGUGCUAUUCCGUUGGACGACUUCCCCGUGCAUUCACCGCCGCGGAGGACAGCCCGACAGACCGAAGAGGCCGACUAUGACUUCAGCAAGAUUGUGAGCUACCCCGAGACCGACACUGCCAUGAUCAACCGCCUGCAUCGCCUAUCGCAUGUGGAAGCAUCCGGGUUCGAGGGCAGCAACAUCCUGAAGCGCAUGUCUGUGCACCAAAAGUCGCGCCACCAUGGUGCACGUGCGAUGGCAGAGGAUAUCAGCGAGGAGAAUGACGACGUUUACCAGAUGUCGCCAUUGCAGCGUGCAGCGUCGCGGGCCAGCAUGAGGUCGUCGAUUUACUAUCUUGAUGACGGCACCUUGGAGCCGUACACUGGAUACGCGUUUGCCCAGGAGGAGGAGAACGUCAGAGAGCGCAAGCAGAAGGGAAAGAAGCAGCGCAGACCGGGGUUCUAG